CCAAAACUCAAAAUUAACACCCUUUCUCCUACUGAAAUUUCUUAUCAAAUUGGACUUUGCAAAGUAGUAGUAGGAUAAUUGGGUCCCAAAAACUGAUCAUCCUCACUCAUCCCCUAUAGCUAUAUAUAUAUAUCCACAAGCCCUCUUCUCUUAGCAGCAUAACAAAAGCUAAAAAAUGGAGAAGCAAAGCAACAAAGCAAACAUGGUGGCAUCUCUUAUGUCAGUGAAACAAAAAUCUGGCAAAACAUUUAGUCAGAUAGCAGAAGAAACAGGUCUCACAAAUGUGUAUGUUGCUCAGCUUUUGAGACGUCAAGCUCAGCUCAAACCUGAAACUGCUUCAAAGCUGAAGGCUGCACUUCCCUUAUUAUCUGAUGAUCAACUUCAUGAUAUGAUGGAGGCACCCUUGAGGUCUUAUGACCCUAAUUUAAUUCAAGACCCCACUGUUUACAGAUUGAAUGAAGCCGUCAUGCAUUUUGGUGAGAGUAUCAAGGAAAUUAUUAACGAAGAAUUUGGCGAUGGCAUCAUGUCAGCUAUAGACUUUUUCUGCUCAGUUGACAAAGUCAAAGGUGUGGAU